AUGAAUCUGCCGCUGCCGUGGUGGGAUGGAAAUUUUGGAGAUUCCUAUGCGGAAAACACUAAUUGUGAAUCAAAUUGUGGUAAACUUGAAAAUGAUACUGUAUCAGAAGAUAGUGACUCUAAUAUUAGACCACCAAAAUAUAAAAAUAAAAAUAUAAUAGAAUCUGAUAGUGACGAAGAAUUGGAGGAAGAGUGGAACGAACAUGAUAUUACGCCAAAGCAACAAAAUUAUUUAAAUAUUCCUGUUGUUACGCAGACCAAUUUGUACCAUUCUCAAAUGAAAGGAUUACAUAAAACCUCUGCAAAAACGGUACCAUGGACGGAGGUUACCACUAAUGAAAUAAAAAAGUUUCUUGGAUUACUAAUAUUGAUGGGCCAAACCAGAAAAUCUCAUUGGAGAGAUUAUUGGUCAACGGAUCCUUUAGUUGAAGCACCAAUAUUUCGAGCAACUAUAUUCAGAAUGCGAUUUGAACAAAUUCUUACAUUUUUUAAUCUAAAUGAUAAUACACAACAUACAUCUUCCAAAGACAGGCUUUGCAAAGUUAGACCGCUUUUGAAUUAUAUUAUUCCAAAAUUUCAGUCCCUAUAUUACACCCAAGCAGGAGUUGGCUCUAGACGAAGCAAUGGUACCAUACAGAGGAUGCAUCAGCUUUAG